GUAAUAAAAGUUUAACCGCAACAGCAAAUACCAGGGCCUUCUUGUUGACAGGAUUUAGCAGCCAUCUGUCCUCUCUGUUUGUCUCGCUUAGUCUCUCUGCAGUCACAGAAAUGAACCCGCCUUGCGCUAGAUGUAAGAAGACCGUCUAUCCUGUUGAGAAAUUCAACUGCCUUGAUAAAGUAUGGCAUAAGGCUUGUUUCACAUGUGAAGUGUGUAACCUAAAGCUCACAAUGAAAACAUACAAAGGAUACAACAAGCUCCCAUAUUGCAACACACAUUACCCAACUACAAAGUUUACUCAAGUAGCUGAUACUCCUGAAAACAAGCGCCUUGCGAAUCAGACUAAGCAGCAAUCAGAUCUUGUUUAUCGUAAAGAUAGAGAAGAAGCAUUGAAGCAUUUCACCCAAGCCUCCGAUUCCGUUGCAACAAGACAGGCUCAGCAAGCCGGCAAACUUGCCUCCAAUAUUGGCUAUCAAAGUGCACCCCAUGAAGUUGAGGGUCAUAGGCCCCCACCUCAGAGCUACAACCCGCCUCAACCUAGCUACAACCCGCCUCAACCUAGCUACAAUCCUCCUCCGCCUCAGAGUUACCAGCCUCCUGCUCCUCAGCCCAGCUACCAGCCGCCACCUCCUCAACCCAGCUACAACCCUCCUCCACCUGCCCCAGCUCCUAGUGGCCCUCGUUGGACUGCCGUGUAUGAUUACGCUGCUGCUGAUGAUGAUGAAGUUAGCUUCCAAGAAGGUGAUCAUAUAAUUGAUGCUGAAGUCAUUGAUGAUGGAUGGAUGGAAGGCACUGUAGAGAGGACGGGCCAGAGAGGAAUGCUUCCUUCCAAUUAUGUGGAGAAAGUUUAAAAUGGCGAACAUUUAUUUUGCUCCUACUUUUCUUAUUAAUAAUAAUCGUCUUGAUUAUCAUUAGAGUAUAAUUCAUUAUUAUAGAGAAACAACACUUUAUUAAAUAUGUCGAUUUAUUAUUAGUAGUAGUAUUACCCUUUUUGAUGUUUUUUGUUCUCUUUUUUUUUCAAUUGAAAUUUAUGUGCUGUGUACAUUCUAUUGCAGUAUAUUAAGUA